AUGCAUCGGUCGGCCAUCGCGUGUCAUUGCACAGGCCAGGUAUGCAUUUGGUCACCUCCACCGAUUUCUUAUAGGUACUGUUAUGGGAAUUUCGACCGUUAUUAUGGUGUACGUUUAGAACCCGGAAAAAGCGAUAUUCGGUUGUCGGUGAUGAGGAAGGAAUGGUUCGAAAAGAAGAGUGUCUUAGACAUCGGAUGUAAUGUUGGUUUCCUGACUUUGUCAAUUGCCCGUGAUUUUGCACCUCGUCGAAUUCUGGGUAUAGAUAUCGACGAACAUCUAGUUGGUGUUGCUCGUAAGAACAUCCGACAUUACUGUGAUCAAGACACACAGUUCGUAGGAAAGUUUCCUGCUUCAUUCUGCACAAAUUUUGGUCCCGUUUCGAAUCAUGCAUUAUCUUUUUCUACGAAAUUUCCUGACAACGUUUGGUUCAGAAGGGAAAACUAUGUUUUGGACAGCGAUGAGUUACUGGAAACGGUUCAGGAAGAGUUCGACGUCAUUUUAGCCUUAAGCAUUACGAAAUGGAUACAUUUGAAUUAUGGUGAUGAUGGCUUACGUCGAUUCUUCCGUCGUGCCUUUAAACAGUUACUCUCUGGCGGGAGAUUCAUCGUUGAACCGCAGCCUUUUACCAGUUACAAGAAAAGAUCAAAAAUGACAGAGAAGUUAAAAGCUAACUAUUUGGCCAUAGAGUUCAAGCCAGAAGAUUUUGAAAUGUACCUUCUUGAAGAAGUCGGUUUUGAAAGCGUAGAACAUCUUGGUGCACCGUGUGCGAAGACCAAAGGAUUCGAACGUCCAAUUGAUAUCUACCGGAAGAAGUUACCACGUUUCCUUGAUCGCGAUACUAAAGCCGAAACUUGA